AUGGUGCUAUUCGAGUGCACGCUUCCCGAUGUACUGUCUUUCUCGCGCUUCGUCUGGGCGGUAUACGCGCCCAUUCAUGCUGGCUAGGCCGCAUCCGACCUUCUCGACCUGGCGGCGCAACAGGCGGAACUCAGCACCCUACUCCAAACACUGCCUCGCCGUGCGCUCUUUCACGGUCCGGUACUGUGUGCGCAAAGGCGGCAUCGCGCGCCUGCCAGCGUAGGACGUCCUGCGCCGCGCACAGCUCGACGGUCGAGGCGCGGGCGAACCCGCAGUUCUGCCCUCUCGCGGCGCAGCGUCUGUCUGGACGCGGCCCUUCAGUGCUUGCGUUUGAAUGGGGAGGCAAAGUGGCCAAGGGGGAGCUUGUAGCUUUUGCACAGGCUCUCUUACGAAAGGGCGAAGUCGGACGUACCAGAAAAUUUGCUGGGCGAGCUGCGAGCGCUUCGCCAACGCAAAGGCAUCUCGUUCCGGAUCGAGGCGCUCCGUGACGAAGGCCCGUGUAGCGUUGCUCCGCAUGCGCGCCGUGGACGAGCGGUAGGCCUCUGAGCCUCCGGGCUCUGAAGCCCAUGUCUCGCUCAGGAAUUUGCCCUCUGGAUGUGCCCAAAUAUUCCCCCGCCACCGCACCUGUGAACCCACUUUCGUUAGUGACCCUGGCGUCGGACAGAAGCUGUAAU